CAGCAGCAGCAGAGCAGGGCCGAGCGGAGCCGAGCAGAGCAAUCUUCUUCUUCUUCGUUCUCUCUUCAAUGGCCAAGAUCCAGCCCCUCCCUGCGCCCCCCUCGCCGUCGUCCUCCGAUGAUCACCUCCAGGGCCAGCGGGCCAGGCAGGCAUACACGGUGUGGAUGAAGUCGCUGGUGUUCAACGGCAACGGCUGCGCGGUCUACGGCCCCGACGGCAGCGUCGCCUUCCGCGUCGACAACUACGGCUGCAGGGGCGGCCGCGAGGUCCUCCUCAUGGACCGCGCCGGCAACGCCCUCAUCAGGUUCAGGCGCAAGGGCUUCGGCAUGUUCAGGAGAUGGGAGGUCUGCCGGUAUGAGGAGGGGGAGGAGGCGACGGCGUGGUUCAGCGUUCGGCGGGCCAAGAAGGGCGGGGCCGCCGUGGCGAUGCACGGCGGCGCAGCGACCUGCUACAGGAUCGACGGGGGCUGUGCGCGCAAGCCUGAGUACAGAGUGAGCGGUGUAGAUGGCUCGGUCGUGGCGGAGGUGGCGCGGAAGCAGACGGCGGCGGGGGUGGUGCUGGGGGAGGACGUGCUGACGCUGACGGUGGCGCCGGAAAUGGAUCAGCUGCUCGCCCUGGGCUUGGUCGUCGUGCGUGGCCUCAUCAACCGCUCCUUGUGAGUUGUGACCCUCUUCUUCUAGUUCAGGUUCAGGUCUCUGUAGGAAGCAACGUUUUUUUCUGACGAACAAUUCAUCAAGUUUUUUCCCAUGCCGAUUGGCAUGGUGACUCUUUUUGGUGUAUGACUUUUCCCCCUUUCUCAAAGGGUUUUUCACGACCAUAGUUUCAACACAAUGAAACAAGGUUACACGGUGAUUGUAUAAAUCUUUGGAUGUGUUCG